GCGUAUAGUAUCAGUUAAUUUUUUUUUUUUACGAAAACGGCAUAAAUGUGUGUUGUGAAUUCAUUUUUAGUUUUGUUAUUCUGUGACUUGUGAUAUCAAAACGUUUGUUUUUUUUGCUAAGAGUAUCAAAACGUUAAAACUAUAGACGAUCUUCAAUAUGGAGAAACAUAUAUGAAUUAUACAUAUAACCUCUCUUUGAUCAAAGGGUUCGUAUAUAGCCAAGGCAUAUCCACGACUUGGAGCACCAUUAACGCGGUUUGUUAGCAUGGGUCUUUAGUGAAUUUAGGAUUAAAAAAAAUAAAAAUUAAGCAUUAAGGUUGCAUACGUCGCUUAAUUAGGAAGCAGAAGAAACAUAUUCACUGAGAUACGUGUCACCCUUUAAACCAUUUCUCUCUCUCCUUAGCAAGACGACUCGUCGUCUCUCUCUUGUAUCUUUCCCUCUACCUCGACGACUCCGCAACUCUCUCUGUCGAACUUCCCUCUCGCCCUCGUGAUCUCUAGUCGACAAAGAUGUUUCACCGACAGAAUCAAUCGAUGAUCCCUCGGCGAAGCCCAUCAAUCGGCAUCUCUCUUGGUGGACUCCUCCUCGCCCUCGCUCGUCUCGACGAAUCAUCAUCUCGGCGUCUCUCUUGGUGGACUCCUCUUCGCCCUCGCUAGUCUCGACGAAUCAUCGUCUCGGCAUCUCUCUGGGUCUCCUACCGGAGUCUGUCGAGUAUUCGGCAUCUCUAUUGCCCUCACAUCGAAGAUGAGUCUCUUGACGGCGACCACUAUCUCCGGACGGUGGCUCUCCUCGACGAAUUCAUUUCGAGGAUGGACGGAUGAACAAACAUGAAAUGACGUGAAAGAAGAGGACUUUGGUUUACAAUACAGGUAAAACGUAACUCUCUGAUCCGUAAAAUUGAUUGCACGUUUGAAUAAAAGUUGUGGAUGUAGUCGUAGGUAGUUUAUCCUUGUGUGAGAUAGAUGUUUGUAGGUUUAGGGUUUGAACUGAACUUGUUGUGAAUUUUGUUUCGUGUGAAAUGGAAUUACUGUGAUAUGGUUGUUAGUAAUAAAAGGAUUUAAUGGUGUUAGAUAGAAAAGGAUGUUCAAGUGUGAUAAAUGUGUGUCAGUAAUAAAUGGAUUUAGCUAUAUGUCUUGUCCGAUUGGUUGAGGGUGUGAUGAAGGUGAUAAAAAGUUCUUUCUUUCCUUCUUCUAUAAAAAUUACAGUCCUCCUCUUCUUUCAUCUAUCAAACUCGGUUUCCUUUACUUUUUUAUUCUCUUCUUCUGAUAUGGAUUCCUAUCCAAAUCCAAAUUUUAAUUUUGUUGAUCUUCUUCAAAGUCAACAAGAAAGUGGGUUCGGUUUAGAGUCUUCUUCUUUUCCUCUAUUUGGCACUCAAGCUACCGAAGGUUCUAACUUCGAGCAAGAUAGUCCAGCGGCUGCAGAGCGUAAGGAACGACGGACAUGGACGCCUACUCAUGAUGCUGUCCUCAUCAGCGCGUGGUUACACACGAGCAAGGAUCCGGUGGUAGGGAAUGAGCAACGCUCUGUUGCUUUCUGGAAGCGGAUAGCUGCGUACUAUUCCGCCAGUCCUAAGAUCGCAGAGUGUGACAAAAGAGAGGCCUCAACAUGUAAGCAAAGGUGGCAUAAGAUCAACGAUCUAGUCUGCAAGUUCUGUGGUGCUUUCGAAGCUGCAAACAGAGCGAAAUCUUCUGGUCAAAACGAGACUGAUGUGCUCCAGCAUGCCCACGAAAUCUUCUUCAACAACCUUAAAAAAAAAAUUCACCCUCGACCAUUGUUGGAAGGAGCUUCGUAAUGACCAGAAGUGGUGUGAACUCUCAACCCCUAAACUCGACGGAAGCAGCAAAAGGAGGAAGGUCGACGACGGUUCUCAUUCAGCAACCUCUCAGGCAUUUGAAACCGACACUGCUGUAGAUGAGCAAGGCAGCAAGCGUCCCCCUGGUGUCAAGGCUGCAAAAGCUCGUGGGAAGAAGAAGAUGGUUGAUGGAAAGGAUCUGUCUGAGUAUCAGACAAUGUGGGUCAUCAGGCAGCAGGACAUCGCAUCCAAAGAAAGGCUCUUGAAGUUUAAGCUUCUCGAGAGUCUCAUUGCAAAACAAGAGCUUGCAGAUUAUGAAGAAGUUCUGAAGAAGAAACUCGUUGAUGAGUUGAUCUCUCCUUAGUUUAAGAAUCUUGUUAUGUUUUCAGUUUGUGUUGCUUGGUCGUUUGAGUUAUUGUCAUGGAGUCCUACUUAGUUUAAGUAUCUUGGUUCUUGUUCUUGGUCGUUUGGGUUAUUGUCAUGGAGUUCUUGUGUUCUUGUGCUUGGUCUGUUAUGUCAUGGAGUUAUGUUUAAUGUAAGCUUCUUUAUCUAUUAAUAAGUGGUUCAAGAAAGGUGUUGUUGUUCUGUUGUUCUUAGCGGUUUUUAAUGUAAGCUUCUUUGUUCUGUAUGUGGAGUAAUAUAUUGUUGUCUUUUCCGUGUGUCACAGGCCAUGUAAAGGAAGCACUAGAGGCUCUUAAGAUGAAUCACAGGCCAUGUAAAAACAGAACUCAUUGUACUCGUGUGUCACGGGUUGUUAGUACUUCUGUCACAUAUUGUUGUCUCGUUGUUGUGUGUUUUACUCUCCUGUCACGGGCCAUGUAAAGACACACCUUGUCUACUCUUUCAUUUUGUAAUAUUAUUUGUAUUUGAUCACGGGUCAUGUAAAAACAAACCUUGUAUAAGUGUAUAAAAGAGACAUCACAGACUUCGUAAAAUCACCACAAGUUCUCUCUUUGAGCACACAUUCCUUCUCUAGUUCUCUCAUUGCAAAACAAGUUCGGUCUUCCUUUUCAACUCCUUUCUUCCAUCUCAAGUUCUCUCGUUGAUAUCACAUUCCAUCUUCUUUGUUCCUUCUCUUUCUAAUCACAAGUGAAAUUCUAAUCACAAGUGAUAUUUUCUUUUCAACUUCUCGCGUUGAUAUCAUAUUUUUAAUAUUCCCUUCUCAAGUUCGCUAAAAUAAACAACUCAUUUUCUUUCUUUAAAAAUAUGACUUCUUCUUCUCAAAACAAUUUCGACGAAUCAUCUGAGGAGGUCUUUGAUCAACAUUUUGAUCAAUAUUUUGAUCAACAUUUUGAUCAAGCCUUUGAGAAUUUUACCAUUGAAGUUGAUCAAGAAGAACGAAAGAAAAAAAGAAAAAAAACGAGCUUAUAUCGAAAGAAAUCGUGAGGAGGGCAAUAUACGUUUAUGGAAUGAUUAUUUCAGUGAAACUCCAACGUAUCCCGGAAAUUAUUUCCGACGACGUUUUAGAAUGAACAAGUCAUUGUUCAUGCACAUUGUUCAUCGACUUUCCAACGAAGUUCCUUUUUUUCAACAGAAGCACGAUGGGCUCGGACGGAAUAGUCUCUCUCCUCUUCAAAAGUGUACCGCAGCAAUUCGUAUCUUGGCGUAUGGUUCUGCCGCUGAUAUGGUCGACGAAUAUCUCCGGCUCGGUGAAACAACAGCUCGGUCAUGUGUGGAAAAUUUUGUGGAAGGUAUAAUAUAUUUUUUCGGCGAUGAGUACCUAAGAAGACCAACACCGGCUGAUCUUCAACGUCUACUUGAUAUUGGAGAGUAUCGUGGAUUUCCCGGGAUGAUAGGAAGCAUCGAUUGUAUGCAUUGGGAGAGGAAGAAUUGUCCCACCGCUUGGAAAGAACAAUAUUCUCGUGGUUCGGGUAAACCAACAAUCGUUUUAGAGGCGGUUGCUUCAUAUGAUCUCUGGAUAUGGCAUGCAUUUUUUGGACCUCCAGGUACCUUAAAUGAUAUUAAUGUUCUUGAUCGCUCACCUGUUUUCGAUGACGUAAUAAACGGUCAAGCUCCCCAAGUCACUUACUCCGUCAAUGGAAGAGAGUAUCAUAUGGCUUACUAUCUCACCGAUGGUAUUUACCCGAAAUUGGCAACUUUUAUCCAAUAUAUUACAAUGCCACAAGAGCCGAAAGCAGUUUUAUUUGCUCAACGUCAAGAAGCUGUCAGAAAAGAUGUCGAGCGUGCUUUCGGAGUCUUGCAAGCUCGCUUUGCCAUUGUUAAAAAUCCGGCACUUUUUUGGGAUAAAGCCAAAAUUGGGAAGAUUAUGAGAGCAUGUAUCAUACUCCAUAAUAUGAUCGUAGAAAACGAGCGCGAUGGAUACACUCUGUUUGAUGUUUCGGAGUUCCAACAAGAAGAUGAAACUGGAAAUUAACAUGUCGAUCUCACGUAUUCUACAGAUAUUCCUUCAAAUAUCGCAAAUAUGAUGGGUGUUCGAACUAGAAUUCGUGAUAGACAAAUGCAUGAACAACUGAAAGCUGAUUUGGUUGAACAUGUGUGACGUAAAUUUGGACACGAUGAAGACAAUAACUGAGCUCGGAUGUUUCUUUCAAAUUAUUCUCGUUUAUUUUAAUAAACUUUGUUUUUAUGUUUUAUGUUUUAUGUUUUAUUAAAAAAAUUCUAUGUUGCAAAUGUAAUCAUUUACUAUGUUUUAAUUUUAAUUUUAAUAAGAAAAUUAAAAAAAUUAUUGUUAAAUAAAUUUUUUUUUUUUGAGAAACCUUAAUUAAGAGACAUGCAUUGAACCACGAAAAUUAACGGGUCUCUUAAUCCGGUCUCUUAUUCCACUUUUACAAUUAAAAAAUAUUAGAUUAAAAUUAAGAGACUCAUUUAGAGUAUUUGGGUUAAUGGUGCUCUUAUCCAAAAAAAAUCCACGACUUCCGAGAUAGCGAGAGCAGAUUAGUUUUAGUCUUUUAUCAGGGCAUAGUGGAUUCUCACAUCUCAUAAUUUUAAAAUUUUUAUACAACCCAGAGUUUUAAAAAGUACACAUGAUAAAGAUUACGGUGGAUCAAUCUAGUAAAUCGAUUCGGAAAAAAAAUAUUUUCAAAACUUAACAAAAUUUUUUGCAGUUUUAUAAUUGUUAUAAACUUCACAGAGUUGACAAAAAAUAUCGAAAUAUUUGAUGGAGCACGGGAAAAAAUGAAAAUAACAUGGCGGGGGGAGCAAGAGUUGGCUACGCUAAUGUUCAAGUCCCUUGAAGGUUUAAAUCUCAUGGCAUUGUUGAGAAAAGGAAAAAAAAUAUAUACGAUGGGAAAAAUAUCUUUGUUACGAAAGUCAACAAAAACAGAAGGAGCCGUAAUGUUUGAAAUUAUAAAAGAUGUGGGGCCCGCUGCACUAUUUGCACAGUAAAUUUCCUUCUAUAUAUACGAACGUUUGCGUUCGUUUGUAAACACACUAAAAACUCUUCUCUUCCCUUUAAUAAGAAACACUCUCUCU